AUGGCGGGGAUCAUUCUUGCGCUCUGGGCGUCCCUGGUGUCCGCGGAGCUGGCCAAGAUGCCAGUUGGGAACCUGAGCUGCUUCUACUGCUUCAAGGUCAAACGCGCGACCCAGUGUCUGCCCAUCGCGUGCCACGCCAGCGAGCGAGUCUGCAUCUCCCACGAGGUGGUCCUCUACGCCAAACCAAAAGUCAAAGUUCUAAUCAGCAAGAAAUGUGCUACCCGGUGUCCCAACUCCAACAGUUUGUUUGAGUGGUCACCAGUCUUCAGGAUGAAGGGCAAGAUCAUCAGGCAGUGCUGCUCCAGGAAUCUCUGCAACAUGGCACCCACCUCACAGGAGGGGCUCUGGGCCCUGCCAGGGGGGCUUCUGCUGCCAGUGGGCCUGGGUCUCCUUAGGAUCCUGAUGUGA